GCUGUAAAUCCCCCACUACUGUAUGGCGGGGUCCCGGCAGAAUUCUCUCGAUUUCGCCAUCCAUUGAUACAACAAUUUGACGCGAUAGCGGAACCAUUAUUCUAAUCACAAUGGCGAAAUUUCCCGCUCAUAUAAGAAUUCUAUACUUGUCUUUGUAAAUCCUAAAUCCCAAUAAACUGUGAAAUAUUUCAAUUCAUAAUUAAGCCAAUUUUGAAACAUUCUUCAGGACAAAUCCCAGGGAACAAGAUGUCAGGCCUUCAAGCGAUUUGCUACACGCGGGGCAAAUUAGAAAUCCUCGACCAACUGAGAUUACCCCACGAACACCACUAUGAUGAGGUCGCAACAAGCGAAGAGGCAUUCGAUUCUAUUAAGUCUAUGAGAGUCAGAGGUGCGCCGGCUAUAGCCAUCGUUGCUGCGCUAGCUCACGGUGUCGAAUUACAUAACGGGAGUUGCAAGGCGUCAAACACAGAAGAGACGAUAUCUUACAUCGACUCGCGCUUAGACUACCUCAAGCAGUCACGGCCAACUGCUGUAGAUCUCACUAAUGCUAUCACACAUCUAAAGAACACGAUUAGGUCCACGGAUGUGUCUGGGAAAGAAAAUGACGAGACAGGGCGUGAUGCGAUUAUUAGUGCUUAUACCGCUGCUGCCGAAGAAAUCUUCCGCAAGGAUACCGAGACAAAUCUCUCGAUUGGCAACCACGGAAGCAAGUGGUUAUUAGAGAAUGCGCCAACGAAGUCCGUCGAUGGCAAAGUAUCGGUUUUGACGCAUUGUAAUACUGGAUCGCUCGCCACGUCGGGUCACGGAACAGCCCUUGGUAUCAUCCGCUCCUUGUAUUCUGGUGGCCAUUUGCAGCACGCUUUUUGUACUGAGACUCGACCAUACAACCAAGGAAGCCGGCUCACUGCUUUUGAACUAGUGUACGAAGGAAUUCCCUCCACACUUAUAACGGACUCGAUGGCAGGCGCCCUAUUCGCUACCAAGAAAGCCGUAAACAAUAUUGCCGCCGUCAUCGUCGGCGCAGAUCGAGUUGUUCGCAAUGGAGAUACCGCCAAUAAGAUAGGAACUUAUACACUCGCUGUACUAGCCAAAUACCACGGAUUGAAAUUCAUCGUUGCGGCGCCGACAACAAGUAUCGAUCUACAGACCGAAACCGGUGCAGGGAUCAAGAUCGAGGAGCGCAAGCCCGAAGAACUAACGCAAAUCACCGGCGCCGUCGUAAGAAAAGAUGGAAAGGUUGACGUUAGUCGUACGGAGCGUGUAGCAACCGCACACCAAGAGAUUGGCGUCUGGAAUCCUGCGUUUGACGUUACACCGGCAGAGUUGAUUGAUGCCGUAGUAACAGAACGGGGUGUCGUUGUAAAAGAUGCGAAUGGUGCCUUUGACUUCAAAGGCAUCAUGCCCGAAAGAUGGGCAAAGGUUGUUGGGAAAUAAUAAGGGAUAUGAGGAAGUACGCCUCGUGAAUAGAAAAGAAUAGAGAUUUGAAUCAAGCGAUUAGCAGGGGAGUCUCAACGGGUAAUUGGAAGGUAUCU